GCCCGCGGGGCCGGCGCGGCGAUGAUGCACAGGCUCCGCAAGUGGCUGUACAAACCCAAGCGGUCAGACCCCCAGCUGCUGGCCCAGUUCUACUAUGCGGACGAGGAGCUGAACCAGGUGGCCGCGGAGCUGGACAGCCUGGACGGGCGCAAGGACCCGCAGCGGUGCACACUGCUCGUCAGCCAGUUCCGCUCCUGCCAGGACAACGUGCUGGACAUCAUCAACCAGAUCAUGGAUGUGUGCAUCCCCCAGGACCGUGCCCCGCGGGACUUCUGUGUCAAGUUCCCUGAGGAGGUCCGGCACGACAACCUGGCCGGCCAGCUGUGGUUCGGCGCCGAGUGCCUGGCCGCUGGCUCCAUCAUCAUGAACCGCGAGCUGGAGAGCAUGGCCAUGCGGCCCCUGGCCAAGGAGCUGACCCGCAGCCUGGAGGAUGUGCGGGGCGCCCUCCGCGACCAGGCGCUGCGGGACCUCGGCACCUACACGGAGCGGAUGCGGGACGCCCUCCGCCACUUCGAUGUGCUGUUUGCUGAGUUCGAGUUGAGCUACGUGUCGGCCAUGGUGCCCGUGAAGUCCCCCCGGGAGUACUACGUGCAGCAGGAGGUCAUUGUGCUCUUCUGCGAGACAGUGGAGAGGGCCCUGGACUGCGGGUACCUCACCCAGGACAUGAUUGACGACUACGAGCCGGCCCUCAUGUUCACCAUCCCCCGCCUGGCCAUCGUGUGUGGCCUCGUGGUCUACGCUGACGGCCCCCUGAACCUGGAGCGCGAGGCGGAGGACAUGUCGGAGCUGUUCCGGCCCUUCCACACGCUGCUGCGGAAAAUAAGGGACCUGCUGCAGACGCUGACGGAGGAGGAGCUGCGCACACUCGAGCGCAGCCUCUGCAUCUCCCAGGACGCCGAGUUCCCCUCACGGGCUGACGCCCAGGGGCCCCCCGCCCUGGCGCCCGCCUUCCCCGCCCCCCUGCCCCCCGAGGAGCUGCUGUCCACCAAGGCCAAGCACCCAGAGGCGGAGCUGGCCUGCUCAAUGCAGUACGACGACCAGGAGCUGGAGCAGCUCAGCCGCAUGGUGCACAGGGCGGGCGACGAGAUGUCCUCCCUGCUCUCCCCGCCUAGCGCCAGCCAGUCCCCGGCACACAGGCCGGCGGCCGAGGGCAGCCCCUGCCGGGAGAGCUCCCCAGGCAGCACGCGCCCGCAGCCGGGCGGCAGCGAGGAAGAGGGAGCCGUGUUCUUCAUGGAUGACGUGGAGGGAGCAGCAGAGACGCCAGGGGGCCCGUCCGGAUGGGGCGGCAGUGCCGGGCCCCUGGAGUGUGGGCAGAGCAGGGACACCAGGCAGGAGGGGGCGGGCGAGCCCUCCGCGGCCGAGGAGGGGGACUUGAGCAACAACAACAACGUCCAGGACGACAAGCUGGGGCCGGUGAGCCUGGCGGGCCCCAACACCUGCAGCUGCCUGGACAGCCGGGCCCCGCUGGACAGCUGGGAGGCAAGUGCGGAUGACGCGGGGACGGCCGAGAUCAUCGCCCACCGGACCGGGGGCAUGAAGCUCUCUGCCACGGUCAUCUUCAAUCCCAAGUCGCCCACCUCCUUGGACGUGGCGCUCGGUGCCCUGGACACCCCUGGGGGCGGCGGCGCCCCUUGCGAGCUCGCAGCCGAGGGGACAGAGGAUGGUGCCCACAAGCUCAGCGCUGCAGCCACCAGCUGCCUCCUGAACUCCUGUGUGUGCUGUGGGGGCUGCGGAGGCAGCAGGGAGGAGGCCGUCGAGAGCCCGCAGGACAGGGCCGGCCGGGGGAGCGUCCUCGGCUCUGCCAAGGCCAGCACCAAGGGCCCGGCCGGCAGACUGGAGGAGGCCCUGCCCGACCCAGAGGCGCUGCCCACGGGCUCCCUGCCUGCCCUGCCCCCGGAGGACGCCCCUGACACAUCCAGCAAGUGCCUGGCACACCCCUCAGGUCCCCAGGUGGACGCAGUCGACAGGUGGCCAAGCGGGGACAGCGGCGUCCACCGGCAGAAGGAGCCCUCGGCAGGAGAGGACGAGGGGCGGCCCAGGGAGGCGGCCGGGGAGCAGCCCUCGUAUCUGCCGGGCUCCAGCGGCCCCGCAGCCACCUCCUGCCCCUCGGACCAGCCCGGGCCGGAUGCGGGCCUCGUGGCCGCGAGAGACAAGAUCCGCUCACGCUUCCACGGCAGCCAGGACCUCAUCCACCGCCUGUUCGUCUGCAUUUCAGGUGUGGCGGACCAGCUGCAGACCAACUACGCCAGCGACCUGCGGAGCAUUCUCAAGACGCUCUUUGAGGUCAUGGCCACCAAGCCAGAAACGGACGACCAGGAGAAACUAAAGAAGGUCACGCAGACCCUGCGGAGCGCGGCCCUGGAGGAUUGUGCCCUGUGCCAGGAGACACUGUCGUCGUCUGAGCUCGCCGCCAAGACUCGAGACGGGGACCUGGAAGACCCGCCUGAGUGGGUCCCGGACGAGGCCUGCGGCUUCUGCACGGCCUGCAGGGCGCCCUUCACCGUCAUCCGCCGGAAGCACCACUGCCGCAGCUGCGGGAAGAUCUUCUGCUCCCGCUGCUCCUCGCACUCGGCGCCGCUGCCCCGCUACGGCCAGGCCAAGCCGGUGCGCGUGUGCACGCACUGCUACGUGUUCCACGUCACGCCCUUCUACAGCGACAAGGCGGGCGUCUGACGCCACCCGGGCCGGGCCCUGGGCUUCUGGAAGGGGGGGCUGGCGCCCCUCCAGCCCCACAUGGGCCACUGCUGCCGAGGGCAUCCCCAGACCCCAGGCGGUCCAGCACCGCGCCCCUCCUGGCCCCCGUGGCGACCCCCGGCCAACCGCAGGGGCCAAAGGAAGGAGGUCAGCUUCACGGGCGGGGUACGGGGGUGCCAGGUAGCUGCUGGCAGGGCGGGCUCCUCCUGCGGCCCUGACGCCCCUCCCUCUGCCCCCUCGGCGUCCCCCUGGACGGACAGAGAACCGUGGUCUGGGCUGCGGGCGGCCUCAGCACGGACCCAGGGGGCGCGGGGCCGCCUUUGGAACAUGGGCUGCGGCAGACUCCUCGGAGGUCGGAGGCCAGCAAGGGGCUCACGGAGACCCCCAAGACCAUGCCCCCUGCCCCUCCAGGGCUCCCCCCAGCGUCCCCUGCAGCACGCCUCGCUGGACACUGCGUUUCUUUCCAGAGGGCACGCGCAGAGGCGGGCCCAGCCCCUCUGCCCGCCUGCCGCCUGCGGUGGGGCCCAGGCAGAGGGUCCAGGCUGGGGCGGGCUCCCUGGGGCCAGCAGGUGUGGCCCGCCGCCCUCCCCUGCACCCUGGGAAGCCCCUCGCCCAGCGCCGGCGGCUGAGGGGCCAGUGGCCCAGCACGGACACUCCUCAGGCUUCAAUCUCAGGCUUCACAUGCAAUGACGAUUGCAGUUUUAUUUUUGGAGAGAUGACACACCUACUGCUGCUUUUAUAGGAUAAAACCCGAUUACUACUUACCCGUGUCCCAGUGGACACGGAAGUGGCCACCGCGGGGGGACGCGCAGAGCGGAGGGAGUGUUAUGUAUGGAGAUUAUUUUUAUUUUCUAAACGCUGUAACUCAAAACCACGUCCACGGCUCUGUUUCCGACUCGCCGGCGUGCUCU